UGUAGUGGCCGUCGGCGGGCCGGUGCGGGGAGGCGGCGGUGUUCGCACAGGGUGUUCUGCAGAAAAAAAGGAUACGGUGUCCGUUUGAGUUCCAUCUCGUCCAGAACUGGUUUCCUCUCUACUGUCAGCAUGGCAACAUCGCUUCGAACUGUGUGGUCCAGCUUCUUUUGGAUGCGUUCAGUAGCAACCUGUAAGCAGGCCCCACUGCAGAAUGGAGCUGUGUAUCAUGCUUGCCAUAAAUCUACAUACUCAGUUCUCCCUGAAGACUACAACUGCAAAGUGGAACUUGCAGUGACAUCAGAUUUGAAGACAAUUGUCUGCUACCACCCUUCGCUUGAGAUUCCAUACGAGCAUACAAAACCCAUACCACGGCCAGAUCCAGUGAAUAAUAAAGAAGAAACCCUUGAUCAAGUUUUGAAAUCCAGAUUGAAUGAAAAAGAGUUAAAGAACAAUAGAGGUCCUACAAUUGAAGAGCUCAGCAAAAUGUUUUACACAACAAAACAUCGCUGGUAUCCUGUGGGACAGUAUCAUAGAAGACGCAAGAAUCCUAAUCCUCCUAAAGACCGAUAAUUAAGAUUUCUUGUUCAUCAGCACUUUGCUAUUAAUCUUUAUUGGAAAUAAAAAUUACAGAAAGUGAGAUGUUUGACAAUUCUGUGUGAGUGCUAUAAGUAAAACAUGCUUAACUAAAGUUGGCUGUUAUUUUCUACUUCAACUAGUUGACAGAAAAACAACAAAACUGCACUAACGAAACUGGAAGAGCUGUAGUUCAGGGGAGGAAGAGUUCUUUGCCUCAGCAAGGUAAUCAGUGAAGACUCCCAGCUCUUUCUAGCUUACCUAGGGGGAAGGAUUGGCCCUUUCUUACAUAAAAUGCUUUAAAUUAAACAAAUUUGGUUUGAUUCUACUUCAUAGCUUUAGCGUUCUGUAGUGCUUGAAUGUUUCUUUUAUUAUAAUAUUCUAUGUCAUCUAGCUUUUUUUUUUUCCUCAGGAAAAGGAGAUUCUUUACUCCAGCCUACAGUUUUAGGCAUCAGCCUUCUGAUAGAAAGGGCUAGCUUGGAACAUUGUGCCUCUGGAGAGAGCCCAGUGACUUCAUUAACUCUUCUUAGCAGAUCCUAAUAAAUAAUCAGAAAAAAAAAUAUCCCAUAUAUGUCAUGCAGUUUGAUUGUAUUUCCUUUCCAAAGCAACUUGGAUAAGAUAGGAAGGUUCUUGUUUCUUCUGUUAGUUUAGUGUCACUUUGCCAGCAUGUGUUAUUCACACAUUUUGCUAGAAGUGGAGUACCAUAUAAAGUCUCUAA